AAUCCAGUCCAUAGUUUUAUUCCCAGUUAUCUUCCUUUCCAAAUAGAUUAUCAAAGGAUGGCUCUAAAAGGCUGUUUCCAGUUGAGCUCGAUUUACAACACCAGAGCCACUGUGCUUCAAAGCUUCCCUCAUCAUUCUUCUGCAUCUGUUGAGAAGAUCCAUUUGCUGACAUUUAGUGGGUUGAAAUUCAAUAAAACCAGUUUAUCAUUCACUGGUAGAUCCCAAAAAUCCAGGCUUGUAUGCAAAGCUAGUGAUGCUGUUGCUCAAGUUGAGCAAGUGACAGAGGCAAACUGGGACAAGCUUGUCGUCGGCAGUGACAAGCCAGUUUUAGUCGAUUUUUGGGCGCCAUGGUGCGGACCCUGCCGAGUGCUUGAUCCAGUCAUAGCUGAAUUAGCCAAGGAGUAUGCUGGAAAGAUUGUUUGUUACAAGCUCAACACCGAUGAAUGCCCUAACAUUCCGACGAAAUUCGGGAUUAGAAGCAUCCCGACCGUGCUGUUCUUCAAGAAUGGAGAGAAGAAAGAGAGUAUCAUUGGUGCAGUGCCCAAGGCUACCAUUGCAGCUACACUUGAGAAAUAUAUUGAUGCCUGAACUUUGAAGCAAAACCAUUUCUUGUAAGAACUCUACAUGGUUUGUUCAUGCCAUGCUAUGUCAGUUUCUUUAUG